AUGCCAUCCUUUGAUUCAUGUAAAGCUAAAAUGGAAGCCGAGGGCAUUGCCCCUUCCGCCAUCUCGGCAUUCGAGUCUACAUUCAGCUCUCUUCUCUCUGGUAAUACUGGAAUGAUCCCAGAGUCCACUAUUGCACCUGCCCCUGAUCUUGUAAACGCAGAAUCCUUCAGCGGUGAACCUGAUACUUCCCUAUUGGCGAAAACAGUCGUCCUUAAGCUUAAUGGUGGUCUUGGAACAGGCAUGGGUUUGGAUAAGGCCAAGUCUCUUUUGAAGGUCAAGGGAGAUGACACUUUCCUUGAUUUGACUGCCAAGCAAAUCAUCGCCAUGCGUGAAGAGUUCAAGUCGAAUGUCAAGUUCAUGUUGAUGAACUCUUUUUCGACUAGUGCUGACACUUUGGAAUUUUUGCAAAAGGGAUACCCUGCUCUUGCUGGGGAAACAGGACUCGAAAUGAUGCAAAACAAGGUUCCCAAGAUUGAUGCUACCACCCUGGAGCCUGCCACAUGCGAGAGUGAUCCAUCCAACGAAUGGUGCCCUCCUGGGCACGGUGAUCUUUACGCCGCCUUGGAGGGAUCCGGCUGCUUGGAUUCCCUUUUGGCUGACGGAUACAAGUACAUGUUCGUUUCAAACUCUGACAACUUGGGAGCUUCUUUGGACCUUUCCAUCUUGACUCACUUUGCCAAGUCCGAUACGCCUUUCAUGAUGGAGUGCUGCGAGCGAACUGAAAACGACAAGAAGGGAGGUCACCUUGCCGUUCGCAACUCUGACGGACAACUGAUUCUUCGCGAAUCUGCCAUGUGCGCCGACGAGGAUGAAGCUGCAUUCCAAGAUAUCAGCAAGCACCGCUACUUCAAUACCAAUAACUUGUGGAUUCGUCUUGAUAAGCUGAAGGAGAUCAUCAAUGCCAGCGGCGGGUUUAUUCCUCUUCCCAUGAUCAAGAACAAGAAGACAGUUGAUCCGAAGGAUGACAGCUCUCAAAAGGUUUUGCAAUUGGAGACAGCCAUGGGAGCUGCUAUCGAAUGCUUCAAGGGAGCGUCUGCCAUUGUUGUCCCUCGUACUCGUUUCGCUCCAGUGAAGAAGUGCAACGACUUGUUGUUGCUUCGAAGUGACGCAUACUUGCUCGAGAACAACAAGCCCGUACUGAACCCUGAAUGUGGUGGAAAGGCGCCAACCAUGGCAUUGGACAGCAAGAAGUAUAAGUUGGUUGGCGCUCUCGAGGAGUCUACUACUGGAGGAAUUCCAUCUCUUGUCAAGUGUACCAAGCUCAAGGUCUCCGGAUUGGUCCGAAUGGGCAAGGGAACCAAGUUCGUGGGGGAUGUUUCCAUUGUCAACAAUAGCGAUGAGCCAAAGCUGGUUCCUGCUGGAGAAGUCACUGGGGAUUUGGACUUGACUGAUACCAUUGGUCUUGGUGAAUUGAAAAAGACCAUUGUUUCCACCGCUCCUAUUGACGGCCAAAAGCCUGGAACUUCUGGACUUCGUAAGAAGACCAAAGUUUUCAUGGGCAAAAACUAUCUAGAGAACUUUGUCCAAGCUGCGUUCGACGCAAUCAAGGAAAGUGGAACCAACGUGUCCGAAGGAUCGCUCCUUGUUGGAGGAGAUGGGCGUUACUUCAACCCUGAGGCAAUUCAGAUCAUCAUCAAGAUGGCAGCUGCCAACGGUGUCAACCGGAUCUGGGUCGGACAAGAUGGUCUUUUGAGCACCCCUGCUGUUUCUGCCACUAUUCGUGAACGUGGCCCAGUCUGGCAAAAGGCAUUCGGUGCCUUCAUUCUUACCGCUAGUCACAACCCCGGUGGUCCAGAGGAAGAUUUCGGAAUCAAGUACAAUUGCGAAAAUGGAGGACCAGCUCCUGACAAGCUUACAGAGGCUAUCUAUAAAAACACCACCAACAUCAGCAGCUACAACAUCUGCAGUGAUUUCCCUGCAGUCGACAUCGCCAAGGCUGGAACCACAACCGUCAAGUCUGCCGACGGAAGCACUGAAGUCAGUGUUGAAGUUAUCAGCUCCACCGAGAGCCAUGUCAAUUUGCUAAAGUCAGUUUUCGAUUUUGGCCUCAUCAAGGCACUUCUUGAUCGUCCCGACUUCAGCAUGGUUUACGACGCUAUGCAUGGUGUCAACGGACCAUACGUCAAGAGGGUCUUCGUUGAAGAACUUGGACUAUCCGAGGAUAUUUGCAUGAACUGCAUUCCAAAGGAGGACUUCAACGGUGGUCACGCCGAUCCAAACCUUACUUACGCUAAGGAACUUGUUGCACUUAUGGGUCUUGACCGCAAGGGUAAUAAGGUCGACACUGGUGACCGCAAGAUUCCAUCUUUUGGUUGUGCUGCAGAUGGUGAUGGUGAUCGAAACAUGAUUCUUGGAACCAAGUUCUUUGUCAGUCCAUCCGAUUCUUUGGCUGUGAUUGCUUCUUACGCUGACGAGAUCCCAUUCUUUAAGGCACAAGGAGGAUUGAAGGGUGUUGCCCGUUCUAUGCCUACCAGUGGAGCUGUCGACCGUGUGGCCAAGGAUUUGAACUUCGACCUUUUUGAAACCCCUACUGGCUGGAAGUACUUUGGAAACUUGAUGGAUUCCAAGGCUCUUUUUGGUGGAAAAGACUACACUCCUUUCAUUUGUGGAGAGGAGAGUUUCGGUACCGGUUCUGACCACGUUCGUGAGAAGGAUGGUCUUUGGGCUGUUCUUGCUUGGUUGUCGAUUCUUGCCUCUGUCAACACUGAUGCAUCCAAGCCUCUUAUUACCGUAGAGGAUUUGGUCACUAAGCACUGGAAGAAGUAUGGCCGCAACUACUACUGCCGUUAUGACUACGAGGGUGUUGACAAGACCAAGGCUGUUGCCAUGAUGGAUAAGAUGCGUGCUGAAACGGCAUCGAACACUGGAAAGACAGUUGGCAAGUACAAGAUCGCCACCGCAGACGACUUUACAUAUGUCGAUCCAGUUGAUGGCUCCGUCGCUAAGAAGCAAGGUAUUCGAUUCUUGAUGGAAGAUGGAUCUCGUGUUAUCUUCAGAUUGUCCGGAACUGCCGGUUCCGGAGCCACUAUUCGUAUGUACAUCGAACAAUAUGAACCCGAAAAGACUGAUUCUUUGGCAGCUGAUGCCCUUGCUGGUUUGAUCCGUGUCGCUCUGGAUCUAUGCGGCAUGAAGGAAUACAUUGGAACUGAAGAACCGACUGUUAUCACGUAA